GUGAGGCCAUCAGCCCAGCAACAGUUCUGCAAAAUACUACUGAAAAGAUGAUCAUGUGCUAGAUAAAUGUUUGACUUCCUACACAGUUUCCGAUUGUGAUUUUGCAAACUGUGUCAUUGAAGCUCUUAGCGAACAUGAACCUAAGCGCCUCUGAUCAGAGCGUACACAACUCCACUGAAGGUUGCCUCGAGGAUGACAAACACAGUGUCAUGCUGCCUUGCUUACGCAGAAACAUCUAUGAUGAGCCGCUUGCCCCCUACUCUAACGGAUCCAUCAUUUCGCAACUUCUCCGGAAGACCAUCCACAACAGCAAAAGAGUGCUAGAUGAAAGCCAUUACUACCUCUCCAACUCUACUGCUACUGACUCUGGACAGGAGGACCGCAGUAGUGUGUCCUCAAAGGACAGCACUGUAGAAGCAUCCUCCCCAAAUGGCCACAUCUCUGUGAGGUGCAGCCCAGAGGGAGAACACCCUAUGACAGACCACCUGCAAGCAAAGAGAGCCAGGGUGGAGAACAUUAUCAGGGUGAUGGCUGGUUCACCCAACAGCAGGACGCAUGGGGAGAAUGAGAGGCCCGACACUGAUGGCCGAGACACCAGGGAGUGCAGAGAGGCAUACCGAGAGAACAAACGCAAGCAACGGCUCCCUCAGCAUCAAGAACACAGCAUUGGAGGGCCAGCAAGUAGAAAACCUAGAAGUGACCAUGAUGAUACUAACACCAAGGAUGAGGAGUGCCACAAAUUGAAAGAGCAACUCCACAGCAUGCAAAAACUUUUGCGUCAGCUGCAGGAAAAAAUCCUUCAAGUUUAUAACCAGGAAGAUACGGAUCAUGAUCCAGCUGUAACCACCGAUUACGACACAGAAAGCAAUGAAGAUGCCUUUGAGAGGAAAAAAAGUCGAGUGGUUUCAGAAGGUGAAGACAAGAAUAAAGUAGUUGGUCACCUUGCACACCAAAGAGAGAAUCAGAACCUUCGGGAAAUCUUGAAGCAGGAGCUCUCCAGAGCUGUGAAUGAGUGUGUGGACCGGGUGUUCACAAAGGUGUCCUCAUCAGGGCUGGACCUGUCCUCUCAACAGCGAAUGUGCCCAUCUCCAGACAUGCAGAUCAGCUCUGGUACUGGCAGAAAGAACCAAUCGGACAGCUCCACACAUGAGCAGCUACAGGCCGAAAAGGGUGCAGCCAAGUCCCACUCUCUGGAGUAUUAUGAAAACUCUGAUGUGCACCAAGACCAGACAGAGGCCCUAUCACUGGUGGUUCGCAAACCGGUGACAUCGCCUCUGAGCUCGGUCACCUCCACAGUAAAGAGGCCCUAUCCUGUGCACCAGACGCCAUUCCAGUUCAACUACAACACCCCUUUGCAUGAUAGUCAGAUUCUGGAACACCUUCUCAAGUAUGGGCCACAUUCUAACUUUGCGGGACUCCAUUGCAUGCCCCAUUCAAUGGACAGAACCUCUCCAGAUCCAGUGGACCUACCUUGGGAAACCAUCGCAUUGAGAUCCAAGGUAACACCCGGCCACCUCAGCCACCACCCUCGUCCCUCUGCCCUGGGGUCAGUCACCGUUGACAAUCUGUGCCUGCCUCAUGUCAAACUGGAGUGUGGCGAGCUGCAGAGUAUGGCCGAACGAAACCCCUACAUGUCUCUCAACAUAUCCUUUGACAAAGAGGGUCUCACCCCGAGUCACCUGAAGAAGGCCAAAUUGAUGUUCUUCUACACUCGCUACCCCAGCUCCAAUGUCCUGAAGACAUUCUUUCCUGAUGUUAAGUUCAACCGCUGCAUCACAUCCCAGCUGAUCAAGUGGUUCAGUAACUUCAGAGAGUUCUACUACAUCCAAAUGGAGAAGUUUGCUCGCCAAGCCAUCGUAGACGGCAUCACUGAAGUCAACGACAUCACAGUCAGCAGAGACUCCGAGCUGUUCCGUGCGCUCAACAUGCACUACAAUAAGGCUAAUGACUUCCAUGUUCCAGACAAAUUCCUGGAGGUCGCUGAGAUUACUUUGCAUGAAUUUUACAAAGCCAUUUCUGCGGCCAAAGAUUCCGACCCGUCAUGGAAAAAGGCCAUCUACAAGGUGAUUUGUAAACUGGACAGUGACGUCCCGGAGGAAUUCAAGACAUCUUCCUAUUUGUAGGACAAAGUGGACAGAAUAAGUAUAGGAAUUUGGAGACAUUGGAAGUUAGCCACUGGAGUAUUAUUUCUUGUAGUGCUUUUUAAUUGAAAUAAUAUGUAGCUGUGAUUGGUAGGUUGUUAAUAUUCUUGUUAGAGCUUUUUGUGGAUUAUUAUUUGGUUGUGUAGUGUUUACUUGUACUUGUAGAAUCAGUACAGCCUUGGUACAAUUAAAACAUUAAUAGGUGUGCCAAAUGUUUACAAAGAUGUAAUCUUACUUACUUAUUUUUCAGUAUUACGAACAGAAGGAUGAGCAUUUGAGUAAAUUACCUUGAUCAACUAUUAGGAAAAUGAACAAUGAAUCCAUUGUUAUUUAGGCUCAUCUAUUUAUUUUGUAUCGCGUUUUCCAGUGGUGUCCAAAGUGCGGCCCGGAGGCCAUUAAUUUUUUUGUUGGCUUGCCGAAUAUUCAAAACCCACAUUUAUAAAAAUGUCAAGCCCACAUCAGAACAUUACCCGAGGUUUAAUGCAACACUGAAAAGAAAAGCAAAAGGUCAUGAGUAAAAGCCAGCAUAGCAUAGCAUGCAUAUGCUGACUGCCUGUAUUAGACCACACCCCGAUUAUCUAAGAAUUUUUAAAUUGACUGUUUUAUGGGACAAAAAAAUACAGAAAAAACCUAAAAAGCACAUUAUUAUUUAUUCAUUAAGAUGUGAAAUUAUAGUUAUUUACUUGAAUUCCUGACUAGUAAAAGCAUCUGAAGCGGUUACAAUUAUAUAGUACAUUUUUGGUUAUUACUUGUGAAAAAUGACUUUUAUGUUGUGUCCGUUUAUUUGCCAAAUAAAUAACCAGAACUUUUUUAGUUUGUUUUUGAUCAAUUGCUAUGUUUAUGAAAUCCACUUGCUGAGCACUCUAUAUUGGAUUGGUCUAGGUGUGUCCCCUUUCAUUUUUCUUUAUGUGGAAACGGUUUGCACACCCCUGGCUUAUACUCUUCAGGGUCACGGUUGAGCUGGAGUCUAUCCCAGGUGACAUUGGGCGAGAGACUGUAUACACCCUAGACUGGUCGACUGUCAAUCACAGAGCACAGACAAAGAACUAUUCACAUUCAUUGACAAGUUUAAAUAUCCAGUUAACCGAACGUGCAUGUUUUUGGCCGCCAACCAACCCAGAACUUCCAAGUUGUGAAGCAGAUGUCUUAGCAACAAUUCCACUGUGCUGCCCUAAUCCACUGUUUUAUUACUUUACUUUCAUUUUUAAUUGGAUGGGAGAACCCUUGUUUCAACGCCAGUGUUGCAUUGACCAGAAUAACGCUGCUCGAAGGGUUUGUGCCACAGCAGAGGUCUGCAUUGAUGUAACUCUUCCCAAAGCCAAUGACAGUGUCUUCUUCACACAGCAAACUAGUUGAGACUAAUUCAUCAGCAUCUCUGCUGGUUGCAGCCAAGUAGUUUUGCCUCAAUUGCAUCAAGACUGAUUUACCAACAGUUACAACCCCUCAAUUAUUAUUAUUAUUAUGCCUACGCCUUUUUGUCUCUAUGAUGAAGUAUUACAGUGUUGUUUGAUGCUGGCUUACUGUAGAUGGUUGUAUUGAAAGUUUUGACACUUUUUUCCAAAGCUGUGUGUUGUGGAAAAACAUAAAAAAAACAUGCACUUACACUGUAUCUGUCAUAAUGUUUUGUGAUUAUGCUUUAAGCUAUUUGCUUGAUAUUAAGUGCAUGUGGAAAUAAUGCAAGUUACUUUGUGGACAAAGGUGAACCCUUUGGUGAUGUAAAGUACAAUUAUUUCGAGCUAUUUCAGUAGUAGACAUUGUAAUGGAUGGAUGGAAUUAAAAAUGCUCUAAAUUAUGUGAAACCACAUGAUUGUGGUUUUCUUUCACAAUAACCACUGAUAUAUAUCACCACCUUCAUUACAAACGAUUCCGUUAAAUGCUUUACAUUUGAAAUAUGAAAAUACUGUGUGCCGGCUUUGAGCCCUGAAGGUCCCUCUAAUCCACGUGCACACAAACUAUUCUGUUCACAUUGUUCAGCGAAGCCAAUUCAAGUCAACUUUCUAAGGCCUUCAUUCACUGUGCGGCCACUGCGGAUGCCGACAACGGUCAUUUUCUUAAAAACAGCGACAAUGCAUUCCCUCCUCAUGACUAAUGCCCGAGGUGACCUCAUAACAGAGUUGUGCCACCGAAGCAGAAUUCCACAAACCCACUGGUUCUUUCUUCCAGGCAGCAGCUCAAAGCAUACUGAUUGCAAAAGCAUACACGCAAGUCGGAUGACAUCGCAACCAUUGUGAUUCUUUCACAUGAGCCACACAAUCAUCACAACAAAUGAAUAUAAUUAACAAUAGUAUGUUUCUCUAUUGAUGAACAUGAAUUGCUAUUGUAUAUUUUAUAUAUC